AUGGCGGACGAGGAUAUUACGCUUGAUGGACAGCCUUUACAAUCCCUCCGAGUCGCGGAUUUGAAAGCUGCGCUGGAGCAGAGAAACCUGUCCAAAAGCGGGGCGAAGAACAAACUCAUCCAGCGACUGAAGGGAGCGCUGAUGCUGGAAAACCUGCAAAAGUCUUCCACCACUCACGGCGGACUGCAGCCCAACUCGCAGAUCGGGGAGGAGAUGAGCCAGAAUAGCUUCAUCCAACAGUAUCUCGCCAAGCAGCAGGAACUCCUCAGUCACCGACCUGAGAGAGACGCACAGCUCGACGAGGAUGCUGAUGAAAGCUCAACAAUGCAGGAAGACGACGACGACGACGACCAGUCGGACAACGACAGCUCAUCCGACGUCUCUGACAAGCAGAAUCACCCUGUGGCAGACAGGACUGAAUUUCUGACACGUAGGCCAGAGGGCGCCUCUGCUAACCAGGAAGCAAAGGUGCAGAGGGCCACCUGUCCUCAGGGACACAAAGAGCCACCGGCCCCUUCCCCUCCCCGCGCGGUGGCCUCCCUGUCAGUGCGCGUCCUAGGCCAACCGGACCGCCAGGGACUGCCCCCGGCCUUAUGCAGAGCCCAAGAGAAAGAAGGCGUCGCGCCCAGCGAAACCGGAUCGUCCCACUCGGUCCUCCACCUCAGCAGAUCGGCCGGCGGUCGGGCUCAAGAGGACAGCGACGAAGAUGAGGACGACGACAACGAUAGCGGGGACGACGAGGAUUGGGGACCCGGACCCGGCGCAGCUAGAAAAGGCAACCGGGCACCUCCGCAGAUGCCCGCCAGUGCGGCGAGAUCCAAGCGGAAGCUUCAAGCGCCGCAACACAUCCCGCCGCCGCAGCAGCCACACCAGAACCUAAUGCAACUGCGCCACCCGACGCCCCCUCCCUCGCCACCCCCUGACCUGUUCCCCCUCCCCGAAACGCCCAAGCAGAGCCCGCCGGACACCGACGACAAAGAAGGGGAAAGCUCCGGAGCGGCGCCGCCGCGUCCCGUCCAGAGGCGAGACUCGGAGUCAAGAUCCCGCUCCAGUAGCCCGGAGCCGCCCCCGAAGCGUAGACCCGGCCCACUUUCUCUGCUGGUGCACAAGAUGGAGUCAGAGGAGGCGCAGAGUAGCGCGGUUCCCGACGAGUCUCCGGAGAGCCGGAAGACAGAAAAAUCCACAAGUGACGGAAAGGAAGAAGAGGUUAAAGUACCAGAUGAAGAAGAACCCGGCGAGAAAAAGCAAACUGCAGACGCUCCGGACUCUGGUUCCUCGUCGGAUUCGGACUCGCGGUCAGACUCCUCGUCCAAAUCGUCAUCCUCGUCAUCCAACAGAGUACUGUCACGCCGAAACGCAAUAAAGCCAAAGAGAGCCGAGCUAGGACGAGACGCAGAUAAUGAGACAAAGGCGAAGGGGACAGAGAACGGACACCUGCUGAAAAGAGAAGUGUCCGAACCUAGCGAGGCGUCCGUUUCCGAAGUGGAGCCUCACUCCGAGAGUGCCGAGGCCCGGCAGCCGGACGCGGUGCCCGCGGACGGCGACAACCGCCUGGAAGAGAGCACCACUCCCAAGGCUUUUGCCGCCCGCAAGAUCUCCCUGAGCAGCAACAAGACGCCAAGCGAAGCCGACGGCGGAGCGGGAGACGCCGAUUCCGGGGCCGCGGCGGGGAGGAAGAGGCGCUGGGGGUCCAGCACUGCGGUUACUGCAAAGAAGCCGUCGAUUAGCAUUACCACUGACUCUCUUAAGUCUUUAAUCCCAGAUAUAAAAGUGGCCCAGGAGGCAGUGGUGGACCUGCACCCAGAGGAGCUGCAGCUGUCCGGGGAUGAGGACACCCAGGACAACGGCCAGGGCGACGAGGACGACGGCCUCAAGAUCCGACGCACGGUGACCCAGGUGGUGCCCGGGGUCAGCCAGGAGAACGGGGAGACCGACGAAAAGGAGCCCACGGUGACCGUGGAGCGCGAAACCCCGCCCCUGCCCCCCGUGGAGCAGACAAAGCAAAGUCCGCCCGAGAAGACGCCGGACGUAGAUGUGAAAAAGGCUUCCCCCAAAGAAGCCGUGGUGCGUCGCUCCAUCAGUCAGCAGUGGUCCGGAGUGUCCAUCACCAUCGACGACCCCAUCCGGUCUACGCGGCAACCAUCGCCGCCACGCGGCAAACUCUCAAACAUUGUCCAUGUGACCAACCUGGUGCGACCGUUCACCUUGGGACAGCUCAAAGAACUUCUGAAGCAGACGGGCAGCGUGGUGGAGGAGGGCUUCUGGAUCGACAAGAUCAAGUCGCACUGCUACGUCACGUAUGCUACCAAAGAGGAGGCGGCGGCGACCAGAGAGGCUCUUCACGGGGUCAAAUGGCCUCACAGCAAUCCAAAAGUGCUCAGUGUGGACUUCAGCGAACAGGACGAGCUGGACUUUCACAAAGGCAUACUGAAGCCAACCCGCGAGGAGCCGCAAGUCCCCCAACCGGUCCCGCCGCAGAUUCGACUGCCCCCGCUCAUGCCCGAGCGGGACAAGGAGCGAGAGCGGGACAGGGAGCGUGAGCGCGGCGCCCCGGUCGUGCGGGACCUUUGGGCCGAGCGGCAGCGGCAGAUGGAGCGCCGCGAGCGGGCUCGCGGAGAGCGCGAGUGGGACCGCGACAAGAUUCGCGAGUUCGCCAGACCGGGGGCGGAGAAACGGGAGCGGCGCUCCAGGUCCCGAGACAGAGACCGAGAGCGACGGAGGCGGGAAAGGCCCAAGAGUAAGGAGAGGAAGAGUGACAAAAAAGAGAAAACAGAUGAGCCCCCCGCCAAGCUUCUGGAUGACUUGUUCCUCAAGACCAAAGCAGCUCCAUGUAUAUACUGGCUUCCCCUCACUGAAGAACAGGCGACCCAGAGAACGCUGGAGCGCUCCGAGCGGCAAAAGGAACGAGAGCGGCGCCAGAAAGAGCAGCAAGACGAGCAAGAAAAAAUGCGGAAGGAGCGUCUGAAGGCACGGGAGAAAGGCGGCGGCGACGCCGACCGGGAUAAGGAGCGAAGCCGGAACAAAGACGGUGAGCACCGACCCGGGCGGCCACCGCUGGGAUGGCGCUCCCGCAGCGGCAGCGACACCCGAGACAGGCGCCGCUGA